AUGGAACACUCAACCUCCAAAGUGAUUUUGACAUCCGAUAAUUUCUCCCAUGCUCAAGAAAUCUCGCGCGCCACGUCGCCUGGUGGUGAGCCCGCAAUCAUGAAUGGUGAUGGCGAGCCCAUGGCUCGGGUACGCCCACGGACAUACCCGUACUUCAAAUACCUACCCUAUCAGCUCGAAGACGAAAGUGAGAGGAAUCGAACACUCCGGGAGAUCUUGAACCAGCUAUACAUUUCCGUGGAGGCCGGUGACUUUAGCCCCGGUGCUGUACAUUGGACGCGUGAGCUACGAGGAUGGUUGUCCCUGAAGUUCGAUCCCACUCGAAAUGAGAGGAUAAAUCUAGUCAAGCUCUAUUAUGAGCUCUCGUUGGCUCCUGGGAUUGAUCCCAAUGUGGCGGAACGCUUCGCGAGCAUGUUCAUGCUUUUAACAAAGCGCAAGCACUAUCUUCGUCCAGUCAAGGAUGUCAUUCUUGACUGGAAACCUCUUUACAAGGAACUCAAGGCAUUCGUGCUUCCUACCGAGUCCGGUCUCGUUCACUCGACAAAUCUCAAGCGCAAUGUCAAAACUCUGACAAAAAUGUGCGCCUUCUCUCAACUGUUCUUCGAUCCCUGCGAACUGCCGGCGAUGCUUGAAGAGUUCCUCCCGCAUUACACCACUUCAUUCUCGGAAGGCGCUUUCGUGGUCGCGGGGUUGAUCAAUCUGAUGUUACCGACCUUACCUCCGCCCGCCGAUAGACAAGAUCUCCUUCCACAAUCCCAUCUUCCGACCCAGUUUCACUUGUGGUCUCUUGUGGGUCGUUCGAAGACAUUCGACACCACCUAUCUUGAUUACUUGUCCCGACUCGCGCGGGACUCGCUUCCCGCUGCACAUAUUCCGUUCUCCGAGCAUGGCAUUUUUACGAAGGAACAGUCGUCUUUGAUUUUUACUGCGAUCUUGCGUCUGCUUGAAAUCCCAGUUGGGCAAUCCACUUCGCCGUAUAGCGCCCUUGUGGAUAUCUCAUCCGGACUGGGCAUCAUGCUUGACCGAGACACUCGCAAGCAUCCCGUGGCUCACCACAUUGCCCGCUGGAUAGUGCUUUCUCUUUCCCCAGCAUGUUUGGAGUCCGAGAACUCGAUUCUAUCGCAACUCGAGGGGUUAAUCCAGGCCGUAGAGACCUUUUUCCAUCCCUCCAACUCAGGGGGCUGGACAAAGACUCUCUCACAGCUUGUCUAUUAUCUCACCGAUUUCUUUGUCAUGCGGUGGAAUCGCGAGCAAAGUGGAGAAAUGGAGAUCCCUCCAGAGCGAAAACUCAACGAGGCGUUGAAGCGCCGCUUCGUGUUGUGUCUCAGAGAUGUCAUUUUCAUGGGCAUUUAUGCUAAGAGCAGUACAGCAAUGACAUUCUCCUUGUCUACACUGCAAGGCUUGGCCUAUCUUGAGCCGCAUCUUAUUCUCCCAGGGGCUCUUCAAAGAAUCUACCCUUCCCUGCAAGGGUUGGUCGAAGUUCAUCGUACGACGUCAUCUCUCCGUGCAAUGCAAGUACUUUCACGAGUUAUUACCCGCACGAGAGGUUAUCGAUGCCAUAUGACUACCCUUCUGGGCCUAGCUUUACCUGGUAUCGACGCCAAUGAUCUCGACAAAUCCCUUCAUGCACUUUCGUUCAUUCAGUCGGCGUGCUACAAUAUCCCCAUGGUCGACCUGACUAAAGGCAGAGAAGAUGUCAACUGCAACAUGCUAGCCUUGCAAUGGGUUACAGGAGAAAUGGAAAGAAUGGAGGAACAAGGUGCUGAUCUACAAUUGGAUUACAAUACCGAACUGGAUGAUGAGACUGAAGAGAUGAUUCUGCGGUCAUCAACUUGUGGCUUCGGUGACUUUACCAUUUCGUUCCUUGGCCGAGUCUUCACGCUGCUUGAGAACCUGCCUGACGUCACCCGAGUGCGCAACGGAUCACCAGAAGAGAAUAUUGUGAAUACUCUUCCAGCGACGUUCAUGCCUCUGCUGGCUUCUUUAUCACCGGAAUGCUAUGACAUUGCGUUGUCUAAGAUCGUGGAUUUUGUUUCCAACCACGUUAUUCAUCAAGCUCGAGAUGCGAUGGCUUUCAUUUGCAAUGCUCUCUGCAAGGUCAACCCGGAGAAGGCUCUCAAAAGAUUCAUUCCCGUUCUGAUCCAAGCUAUCCGUACGGAGAUUGAAGAGAAUGGCGCUGGCUCAACGAGAACGACGGGCACAGAUGUCUUACCCCGUGACCGUGGCCUGGUAUGGAAUGUCAGUAUGCUCAGCAUGUGUGUGGUCCACGUGGGUGAUGCUGUGCUCGCUCAUCGCCAGGAGCUCUUUGACAUCGCCGUGUACAUGCAGCAGAAAUGCCGGGGAAUUCCCACUGUGCACAUCUCCAACUUCAUCCACCACCUUCUACUCAACCUUACCGGCACUUACACCAGUGAUUACGCUCUUUACGAGAAUGCGGACAUUGAAGGUGGCAUUCAGCCGGCUCAUUGGAACUACAAGCCUGACGUGGAAAAGUUGAACAUCAACUGGCAUGUGCCUAAGCGUCCCGAGCUUGAGUUUGCCGUAGAGGUCUUCAAAAACCAAGCCGAGUCGGCACUCAAGCACCUUUCAGGGCUGACAAACGAGACAUCCAGCAUCAAACGGGAUGGAAGCGGCAAAGAUUGGUCAGAUGAGGUGACCAGGAAUCUUGUUCUGCUCCGACUUCUUUUAUCGGGUAUCUCUGUCCUAUUUGAUCCAAACGCCGCAUCCAGCACCAUGAAAUCCCCUUCAGAGGAUCGCUCAGAUGAUACUGAAGAUCAGAAGAUGGACAACCAAUCAGAUGACGAUUCUGAUGCAUUGCUCGAUACUUCCGACGAAUCAGCGAUCAAGGAGAGUUUCACCUACCCAACCGGAUAUCCCCUUCAGGUAGAUGACGUCCUGUACGCGACGAUCCAUGAGAUUCGUGAGCGCGCAGGUUAUGUGCUUCAUGAUGUGCACCGGUUCUUGAGUGACAAACAGGAAGAUGAUGUGCCUUGCUUUGGAGCACUCUACUCGGCUUAUCGCUCAUGGUUUGUUGAUGUUGGCAUUGAACGCUCAGCCCAUGUUUUGGAUCGGGUCACACGCUUAUUGGCGGCCGACGUCCACCCAUACAAGAUGAGUGGUGUUCGUAAAGACUACCCUCGAGCUCUUCUUGUGCGCAGAGCGAACGUCUAUCAUUUGCAACGCUUGCGCCACAAUGCCGCUCCACGAGCUCGCUCUAAGCUCGACGAGAUCCUGUUAUUUGAUCUUGCCGAGUCGUGCGUUUCCGUCUAUACCGAAACUCGGAGAAAUGCUCAAAAUGCUGGUGAAUCAGCCUUGAAAUCAGUUUGGGGUGCGAGAACACUGAUCAUUCCGUCUCUGCUCAAAGCCUUGCAAAAGGGAGUGAGAGAGAAUGAUCAUGCGCGAAUCAAGGGCGCCCUUUUCUCUUUGCUUCUGAGCAGUGUCGCGAAGACCGUGGGUCGUAAUUGGAAGUAUACACCCGCACUGAUUCGAACCUUUAUCGAUGCAAGUGCUGUGGAUAAGCCCUCUGUGCAGAAAAUCUGCUCGAGCGCUGUGUUUCAGGUAAUGGACUACGGUCGCGCAAUGGAACGCAUGGCCAUCCUUGACAAGAAGAUCGUGGAGGCGAUUGCCCCACAAGAAGACGUUCGUGAGGUGAUCGAGCACAAGCGCCAGGCAAUCGCCAAGAAGCGCGUUCUGAUCGAAAAGAAGAAAGCCGAUCUGGCCGAGGAGCUGGUCAACUUGGCACGAGUUUCUCAUUGGAAAAUCGCCAGUCGCGCUGCCACCAUUGUCAUCACUAUGGGGCUUCGUUUCGACUACAUUGCAAGCGACAACCUGAUUGAGCUGGUCACCACUGGUUCCAUCGACGACCACCCUGGCCUCCGCGGCAUGUAUUCCCAGGCUCUCAUUGCGCUUUUCACAAUGAUUGACGUUCGGGCAAUUUGUACGCAUGAGUACAAGAACUACAUUCUCGGCCAUCAGCGGUUCCCUUCGAAGAUCAAGGUCGCUACUCGACCACACGAGACGAACUGGACUGGAGAUUACCUGGCGGGAUUCGCCAAGCCAGAGGCAGAGUACUAUGUCGACCAUGAUUUCCCGGGUUGGUUGGUGUGGGGCAAAACGAUGCCCGCAUACAAGUCCAACAUCGGCCGCGACAUUGAAUACGAUGAAGUUGAAUGGAACGUGCGGACUCAAAUGGGAAAGUUAUUUACGCGCGAGUGGUUUUCGAAGUUUUUCAAGUACCUAAAGCAAGAACCACGGGAUCCCUCGGCGGACAAGUUCCGCAUGUCUUGCGCCAUGAUGCUCCUCUACGCUUUUGAAUUGAUGCUGCGGGACGGGCUCACUGCGGCGACAUUCAAGGAUAUCCAGGAAGAGAUUCAGGAAGUGUUCGAGGAUGGCAGUGAUAAGCAUCAACAUCGAGCCACCGCCGAGAUCAUUGGAGCUUUGAUAAGCUCCGUUACGGAUAAUAGUGUGGAGAACCGGACGCUUGUUUGGGAAUAUGCAUUCCCUAUUGUGCGGCAGAUCUUCAAAGAUGGUCUCACACCCGAGAAUUCCGGUUACUGGACCACCUUCCUCCAUAUGAUCCUCCAAUGCCGUGACCCUCGUCGUGCCUGGCCCUUGGUCGAUUGGCUCGCCAGUUUCCGCCUGGACAUGUCAACCAAUGCUGCCUUCAAGGAAAGCUCAAAGAUCAACUUGCUCCACCAGUGCAUCAUUGAUGCUGGGUGGCACUUCCAACUCGAGAAGCCUAUCGUGGAAGAUUUCCUUGCUCAUCUGGAUCAUCCUUACAAGGGUGUGCGUGAAGCGAUGGGUCAAACUCUUGCAACUAUCUAUCGCACAAGAUAUCACGAGUCCUAUCCCGACCUUAAACACCUGCUGGAAGAUCAGAAGGCUGCAUCUUCUGUUGGCAAGUAUCCUUACUCACCCUCGGAGGAAUUCUCCAAGAUGCUCCGUGAUGUCUUUGAACAGAUCGAAAAAUGGAGACAUCUUCGAACCCCAGGCCAACAAACACCAUCGUCGUACACCUCGGGUAGCAAGACAGUCUUGCUCUGGUUGGACUCGACUCUUUCCUCUCAUGAAUGUACUCAACUCGUGCCUUUCUUCCCCGAUGUCUUCACGGCUCAGCUUCUGCACAUGAUGGAUGUGAAGGAAGAUCCAGAACUUCAAUCCUUGGCAUAUCAUGUUUUCCGCCAUCUGCCCAACAUUCCGUAUCCUGCCGAAAGGGACUCUGGAUUCAUCCAAUCCCUCAUCCGGAUCGGACAGACCUCGCCCUCAUGGCACCAGCGUUUGCGCGUCAUGAUCAAUAUCCAGAUCAUCUACUUCCGCCGCCUGUUCCUGUUGGACUCUGCUGACCGGGACAAGCUUUUCGAAUGCAUUGCCUCCAUGCUAGAGGAUCCCCAGCACGAAGUUCGGGUCGGCGCCUCGGCUACUCUGUCGGGUAUGGUCCGCUGUUCUCCCGUCUACCUUCGAAACGAGAUGGUGCAUCGAUUCCAAGAGCGCUUCACCAAACUGCUCGCCGACAACCCCUUGCCAAAGAAACCCCGGAACUUCCGAUCGGGAGCAGUCUCCGCCGUUCCAUCCGGUACCGCCACUCCGACACCUGAGCACAACCGACUAGUCAUCGUUCGUCAUGGAGCGGUUCUUGGGCUCGGGGCGUUGAUCCAGGCAUUCCCGUACAACAGCCCUCCGCCACGCUGGAUGCCAGAGGCUCUAGCCACGCUCAGUGUUCGCGCUGCGAGUGACCCGGGCGUCGUUGGCUCCAGCGUCAAGUCCAUCAUUAGCGAGUUUAAGAAGACUCGUCAGGAUACGUGGCAUAUCGAUGCAAAGGCGUUCACAUCUGAUCAGCUCGAAGAUCUUUCUGGCGUGCUGUGGAAGAGCUACUUUGCUUAA